CCCAGCGAUUUCCAUCAUGCCGAGGAAAAUGAUCUGUUGAACUACAGAUCCCGUCACUAAUCGCCAAGACAGUCACACGACCUUGUUGUUUUAACGUAAUCAAAAAACCGACAGCAACUAAAGAGAGGACAUUGCUGGCGCAUGCGUACAACUGAAGAGUAACAGGCGAAGGUUGCUGGAGAUUGCCGUGAUGUCAAACAAGGAAGUUAAAGCGGCUUUGAAAAGUGCCAGAGAUGCAAUAAGAAAUAAAGAGUAUAAAGAAGCACUGAAGCAUUGCAAGGCAGUAUUGAAGCAAGAAAAAAAUAACUACAAUGCCUGGGUAUUUAUUGGUCUGGCAGCUGCUGAGCUGGAACAGCCUGAUCAAGCCAAAGGCGCCUAUAAAAAGGCUACAGAACUUGAACCAGGGCAGUUACUUGCAUGGCAGGGCCUAGCCAAUUUGUAUGAAAAAACAAACCAUGCUGGUACCAGAGAAGAUUUGGUUAAUGUAUAUCAGAAACUCCUGGAGCUCUAUGAAAGUACUGAUAAGCAGAAAUGGUGCGAAGUAUGUAAAAAACUUGUGGACCUGUAUCACCAAGAAAAAAAAUUCCUUCAGGUUGCUCGAUUUUGGCACAAGCUGAUAAAAACAAGACAGGAAGAAGGUGCUGAUAAUAUUGAACUUCACCAACUGUGGCAGAGGUUGGUCCAGUUACUUGCAGAGUGUGUACACCUCCAAGACAAUGAAACUCAGCAGUUGCUUCUUGAUGCAUUUGAGCAGGCAGUGAAUUCCUCAGACGUAGUUCCAAGUGAAGAGCACCAAAAGCUUUACAGAGAGUUCAUUCAGUGCUUGUCAAAAUUUCCUCAUGAGUUUCCUAGACUGAAGAAAACCUGUGAAGAUAUGAUUGUUUUGUAUCCUGCAGUGAGUUAUCCUAUGGAAGUUCUUUGCCUGCACUUCAUUCAGUCAGGCAGUUUCACUGAGGAGGCUCUUGACUGUUGUCACAAGCUUCUAAAUAUUGACUCAAGAAGUGGUCCAGCUCUCAUUGGCUUAGGGAUUCAAUCCCUUCAGGAAAAAAAAUAUGAAGAUGCUAGUAGAAAUCUAACAGAAGGUUUGCAGCAGACCAGUCAGUGUUCAGUAGGAUGGUAUUACUUAGGGGAAACACAAGUGAAAAUGCACAAAUUCAGAGAAGCUGUUCAUUCUUGCAAUCAAGCUCUUAAGACAGUGGGGCAACUUACUGAAUCCAGUUCCAGUCAGCAACAGAAAAACCAUGCUAAUUGUCUCAAGGCAAAGGCCCUGAUUAAAAUUCCAGGCACUGACUCUGCAGAAGAAGCCAUAAAUUCCCUUGAUCAGGUUUUGGAUAUAAACAAUGACCCCAAGCUUAUAGCCCUUAAAGGACAGGCCUAUCUAAAUAAAGGACUUGCUGAUGCUUUAACGAUAGUAGAAGAGCUUAAACUGUUGCAUCCUGAUUUGGCAGAAACCCACUAUCUGGAAGGAUUGAUCUAUUACAAACAAAAGAACUACUACCAGGCAGAAACAAGUUUUCAGAGAGCUAUUGAAAGAGAAGCUGAAGUAGCAGACUUUCAUUUCUCUUUGGGCCUCACUUACUGGUUUAUGAGUGAAGAGACAAGAAGAGAGAAAACCAAAGCUCUCACUCAGUUUCUGAAGGCGGCAAAGCUGGACAAUUACCUGGGGAGUGCUUUCCACUACUUAGGUCAAUAUUACAGGGACAUUGCUGGAGAUAAAAAUAGAGCUGUUGGCUGCUAUAAGAAGGCAUUUGAGAAAGACAGAAUGGACGGAGAAGCUGGAGCAGCAGUAGUAGAUUUAAGCACGGAGCUUGGAGACUUGGAAACUGCCCUUGCUGUCUUGACAGAGGUAACAGAAAGAGCAAGUGCUGGGAGAGCAAAAUGGGCCUGGCUCCGUCGUGGACUUUAUUACCUAAGAGUUGGUCAACAUUCAGAAGCAGUUGCAGAUUUGCAGGCAGCUCUGCGAGCUGAUCCGAAGGAUUCCAACUGCUGGGAAUCUCUAGGAGAGGCAUAUCUGAGCAGAGGGGGCUACACAACAGCACUAAAGUCUUUCAGAAAAGCCAGAGAACUGAAUUCCAAGUCUAUAUACAGUGUUUAUAAGGCUGCAGCAAUUGAGCAGAUUCUAGGAAAAUAUAAAGACGCUAUCAUGGAGUAUCAGCAUAUCCUGAAGAAAUCAAAAGAUUAUGUCCCUGCUCUGAAAGGUCUGGGAGAAUGCUAUCUCAUGUUGGCAAAGAGUGCUCUUGCUGACUAUCUAGAUGGCAAAGCUCUGGACUACAUAGAACAAUCUCUUUAUUUUUUAGCACGAGCAGCAAAGCAUCGUCCUGAAGUAUCUUGCCUUUGGAAACUGCUUGGAGAUGCGUGCAGUAGUGUGUGUGUAAUUUCUCCAUCCAAAGUGAAUGUGAAAGUUUUAGGAUUCCUUAUUGGUCAAACUGGUGACAAACAUGCACUAAAGAAAAGUGAUCUGCUCAAUCUGGGUGGAAGGUGUUACGGCAGAGGAGUGAAACUGAUGUCCUCACCAAAUAUGUGGUGUGAUCUUGGGAUAAAUUACUACCAUCAGGCCCAACACCUUAAAUCAAUAAGCAGCAACAAGAAUGAGAUCAGUGAACUAUUAGAAAAAUCUGUACAGUGUCUUAAAAAAGCUGUGAGACUAGAAAGUAAAAACCAUCUUUACUGGAAUGCCUUGGGUGUGGUGGCCUCUUGCAAAGGUGUUGCCAACUAUGCUCUUGCACAGCAUUCGUUCAUUAAAUCUAUUCAAGCUGAACAAAUUAAUGUUGUUGCCUGGACCAAUUUGGGAGUCUUGUAUUUAACAAGUGGCAAUGUAGAGCAAGCACAUGAAGCCUUCAAAGUAGCCCAGUCCCUUGAACCCUCUUAUCUGACAUGUUGGAUCGGGCAGGCUCUUAUUGCAGAAACAGUAGGCAGCUAUGAAACUAUGGACCUCUUCAGGCACACCACUGAACUCAGCAUGCAUACUGAAGGGGCAAAAGGCUAUGCCCACUGGGUAUGCUCAACUCUGAAAGAUAAAACCAAUAGAAACACUGAAUUGUAUAGAUACAGUAUUCUUCAGAUGAACGCUGUUGUCGGAGCACAAAUCGCUAUGACCAAAUACACAGAAAGAAUCCAAAAUGAUGCGUGUGCCUUCACAAUGCUUGGUUAUUUAAAUGAAUAUCUCCAGCUGAAAAAACAGGCAGCAGAUGCAUACCAAAGAGCAGUUCUGUUGCUGAAGAAUUCUGAAGAUAAGGACAAGUACAAUACAGCAAUGAGAAAUUAUGGUAGAUCACUGUGUGUUCUAGGUCAUUUUGAUGAAGCCAUCCAGGCUUAUUUGUCAACUCUUCUCACAGAAUUUGAUGAUAUUGUAGGAAUCGCCCAAGCAUACUUCAAGAAAGGCCAUUUCCAAGAAAGUCAGAAAGCUUAUGAAAGAGCACUCUCUGUUUCUGACUGUGAGCAAGAUAAAGCAUGUAUCUUAACAGCUCUUGCAAUAAUGGAAUGCAAACAGAAUCAGGUGGAUGCUGCAAAGACUCUCUUGUUUAAGUGCUCUAUAUUACAGGAAUCUAAUAUGGAAAGUCUGCAAGCUCUGUGCACUUUAGGGCUGAUAAAGCAGGAUGCUACCCUGGCAACAGCAGCACUUAAAGAAUUACUAAAGCACAGAGAAAGGAAAGAUAAUGUUUAUGAGAAGUGCCUUCUUACAUCUGCUGUCUAUGCAUUGCAAGGCAGAAGCUUAGCAGUCCAGAGACAAGUUUCUAAAGCUGUUCACAGCAACCCAGAUGAUCCUGGCCUCUGGUCCCUUCUGUCUCGACUGGUACCUCAAUAUACACCAAAAAUUGCAAAGGGUGGGGCUGUGGCAGGAACUGUUGCUCACAUACUUGAUUUAAACCAUGGAAAGAAAGCCUUGCUAAACACAGCAGUUAAUCAGUUGGCAUUUGGAUAUCACACUGCUGAAGAUGAAAAGAACAAUGCACUGAAGAAUAUCCAGAAGGCAGUGCAUCUUUCUCCUGAUAAUCCUGCUGCUUGGGCAGUACUUUUGGCUGCCUGUCAUGCUGAAAAUACAAUUGUAUGUCUGCAUAAUACAUAUCCCAAGAGGACAAAUUUGGAACAGAAGUUAGUAGCCACCAUUUCAGCUAAAACUAAAGAAAAGGAUUUUCUAGCUUCCCAUGCACAAUCUCUUGAAGAGUGGUCGCUUUUCCAGGCAAUUACUGGCUUAAAUGAGACUGGGAGAACCUCAGAAGCUGAGUUUCUCUGCACAAAGGGAUUAAAAAUUUUUCCUGAGCAAUCGACUUUGUACUUGCUCUUAAGGCAAGUUCAGUGUAAAACACUUCUACAGUCUCACAAAGAGCUUCCAGAUGCCAUCUUAGAAGAGCUUCGAAAGGUGGUAAUGUCCAAUUCCACUUCAGUUACAGCUUGGCAUUGGUUGGCACAAGUGUAUCAGUCACAAAGAAUGAUGGUUGCUGCAGAGAUGUGCUACCGAAAAAGUCUGCAGCUGGCAUCCCAGCAAGACAGCUGGAAUGGGAAGCUCUCUAGUCUACUAAGACUUGCUAAACUUGCCUUGGAGGUCUGCAUGGCUAAUAUUUCAAAUGAUCACUGGCCAUCUUUGGUUCAAGAAGCCACAACAGAAGUCUUGAAACUUUCCUUGUGUCCACUGGGAAUUCUUUUACAAGCCCUUCUGCAGUACAGUCGCAAAAUGGGGUCAAGGGAAACUCGUCGCAUGCUAGAAAGGGUGGUGUAUCAACUGGAAUAUCCAGAAACUGUAGUUUCAGUUGCCCGAUGGUAUCUCCUCAGACAUUUAUACGCGAAAUAUGAUUAUGAAUUAAUAGAUGCUCUUGUAGGAAAUGCGAAAGUUAACGGAGAUGUUCGCGCUCUGGAACUAGACAAGAAACUGUCAGCAGCAGAAGCAUCCUCCUAACAUGAGCUUCAGUGAGAACAUGAACCGGCAGAAGUUCAUGACAACAUAGCAAGCAUUCUUUAAAGUCAAUGUUCCUUUUUGUUGCAAAAGUAGCAGUUAUUUUUCCCCUGUAUUUUUAAAAAGGAAGCUGCUGUUUAAACUGCCCAGUAGUUUGGUUGAAAUUUGUUUAUGCUAAGUUUAACAUAUAAUUAGUAUUUUUUAUGGACUUCUGAAGCACAGGAGUAAUAUGCAACUCUACAAAGUAGAACAUGUUUCUGACUUUGAAACACGCCCUAAUGCUGUGUGAAUUGAGCAGAAUUACUAAAUUGUCCAGUGCCUAAAGCAGCAGAAGGUUUUGCCAUAUGUAUUGGUAUCAGUGGUGGCUGGUGAGGUUUAGAGUUGGAGGGACCAAUUUCUUUUGCUCAUGCAUAGCAUGGAUCUCUACAACAGUUAUAGUCAUGCAUGUGUUCAACACAUAAGUAAAGUUUUCUUGUGUGUGCGCAUGCACACAAUUGGGUAACAAAAGCCCUUCACCUGACACCUCCUCCUUGUAAUGUAUUUUUCAAAGGUAUGAUGUCACUCUAGCAAGUGACAACUGAUAGUCGCUUCUUGCAUUAUCACACUAAAUCCGAUACUCACCUCUUGUGUAUUUAAUUUUUUGUAAAUUAAGUUAGGCAUCCUGAGGCCAGGCUAUAACAUACUUUUGGGGAGGAAGAAGGGAUGUCUCCUUAUAUUAAAGGUUCAAAGCAGCAAUGAUUAUAUAAAGAACCUAACAUGCAGUCAACCAGAUAUCACUUUAUUUCCCCAAGUAACCUAUGUUACACAACUUUUAUCAUGGUUAAUGAAUUUAUACCAAUGAAGUACUUUGGAGCACUCAGAAACACUAUAUAAAUACUAUUCUCUGCACUCAGUAUCAAUUACCUUAUUUUUCAUAAAUGAAGUCUUUCCUACAAAAUAUAUAUAAGAACAUAAAGACAUGUUUCUACUGUACAACAGUAGGUAUGAUCUUACUUUUUGCAGACAUUCUUUGAAGACAUAAAUAUGCAGCCUCCAACACCGUCCCUCCCCAACCUCCUGCUCCUACACAGCUGACUCUAAACCUCAUAGAUACAACUUCCAGGCCAGUCUUUAUUUAUACAGAAAUAUUACCAGCUUUCUGAUGGGAAUUUUCUGUAUAGUUAUAGGUGAGUGGGAGGGGACACUGGGGGCAAAUCUGAACAUAAAAGCCUAGCUCAGGCCUACCUUUCUGUAUAUCCUAGACCUGCCAGACUAGAACUUAAAAAAAUGAGUGGGGAAUCUGCUCUAGAACUGUGCCUUCUUCAUAUGGCAGUUGGUUCCCAUCCAUGGCCCAGGCCUGAUAGAGGAAAAACCAGCCAAGUGGAAGGAGGUGGCAUCCAAGAGGUAACCAGAGGGAUGUGCCCUGCCCAAGGCAUACUGGCUUUAUUUGACUGGCUAAAAAUUGCCUCACAACUGCUGGCUGCCUCAGCAUCCAUUGGCUGAAAACUCUCAGAAGAGGGACUGAAAAGUGAAACAAGCACAUGGGCCCUCCCUGUACUGAGCUCUAUAACAAGGGAGUCUUUCCUGUGAUUUUCUAGUCUGCAGGCCCCUUCCCCUUGCCCUGACAGCCUGAGAGAAGCCUGGAUGAAAAGCCAUCUUGAACUAGAGAGGCAGACAUGAGAGAGCAACUUUCAGGUCCACUAGUUCCUCAGACCAACUAGAUUUCCAUGGUAUGAGCUUUUUAGAGUCAAAGCCCCCUUAGCUUUGCCCCUCGAAGGUGCUACUGGACCCAAAUCAUGCUCUUCUACUACUGACCAACACAGCUACCCACUUGAAACUAGACAAGAAACAAACAAACAAAUAAUUUGUCAGUGACUUAGCUUAGGUCGCAAAGAAAUCUUUGAGUAAUUUAAUGCAACUAAUUAUUUAAAUACAUUUUCCCUUUUCUUUUUUCUUGGGAGAGGCCAAGCCCCAUUUGCCCCUAUGGAAGAGCCUCCACUUGAUUGGUAUAAUUUUAUUGCUAUAUAAAGGCUAAUCCUUCUGCAGCUUCCCAGGCAAAGGAAAUCAUAUUACAACUUGGAAAUGUCAGAAAUGGAGGUCUGCUAGCUUCCAUCCAAUAAUAUAAAUGUGUUAUACUGGUAUCAGUGGUGGCUGGUGUUUAUUCUAACCCCACUUCUGCAAUUUAGUUGCUAUACCAGGAUUGCAGCGAUACUUCAAAUUCUGUUAUCUCAUUAUUCACAAGAAAUUAAAAACAAUGAAUUUCCUCUGUCUCCUUUGAUCUUCUGUCAUGGAUAUCAAUCAUUCAAAGUUGUCAAGUACUGGGAUGUGCGGUGAAUCCUCAUGUUAAAGCACGUACUGGUUAGUUUUGAUUCCUGGUGUAUGAAAGCUGCUGCUGUUGCUGAAUAUCAAGUUUCAAUUUGGUCUUGUGCCUUUAAAAUACUGCAUAGUGUACCAUUUCUUUAGUAGUAAUUAUUUGUGUAAAGUAGAUGGAAUAUGGUUUUCUCAGGAAGCCCCUUUAGUUUCCCCCAUUGGUCUUCUCAAGAAUUUAAUUCUUUAAACUCCAAGACAUCAGAAUCUAAUUGCCUUUGGUCUUUAAUUAAUAUGAGCUUUUAUGUUAACAUCAGCAACUUUGUCAUUUUACUGAUACUAUAUUUGCCAGUUUAUAUGCCAUUAACCUAGGACUUUAUAAUUGAAUGGAUCUAAACACGGCAGCUUUCUUUGUGCCUAAAAACUGAUCAAUACCUUAUGAGAAACUGUAACUUCAGAAAUUCAUUAUCUACAGUUACCAAGACUUAUAAACGUCAAUUGUGAAAACCCUUGACGUACUAAAAUGAUGUGAUGUGUGUUGUGCUGACUGGCACUGGUGAUGCUGCAUCUUAUAAAAAUGAACUAAUAACGGAUGUUGCUGUAUGACUCAGGUGAAUAUUUCAGGCAAGAUAUAUUUAAUAGUAAAAAGCCACCUCCCCUGGUCUUGUGCCGCCUCAUGAUUCAUAACUAAAAUUUCUCUCCCUUUUCACCUAAUCAACUUUAUCAUUCCUAGGUAUAAAAUGCAGUACAGACUACUGUAUUUGCUGCUGCUUUAUCAGAGGAACUCAAGCAAAUUCCAGACUUUGCUGUUCCUGCAGACGAUUUGAACUUUGUGGAGGUUUAGUAAGAACUAGUCAUCUCUGAGCUUAGCACUCUGCAGCACUUUUCUUGCCUAGAUGCUUCAACAGAAGUAAAUUAAAUCCCCAAGUUACAGAUUUCUGAGAAUGAGGGAUGUAAAUAAUUUUCUCAGUGGUUUAAAUUAUGAUAGUGACAGGAAACUAUUAAAGGACUCUCUGGUAUCCAGGCAUCUUUUCCAUCUGUUGCUUUACACUAUUAUCCCUAACACAGCGUUACAGCUCUUGCACACUCUUCUUAACAACUUCAUCUUAAAAGAGCUUACAUGGAUCUCAGAGCUGAAGUUUAAAAUGCAUCUUUCUGUAAUAUGGUUGCAAAAUAAGGCUUCUGAAUUUUUAAAGAAAGCAAAAAUUCUACAGAUGAUCAGUGCAAUCUCUGUUCAUUUCAAGAAACAUAUCUGUUUUGUAUGGUUCAGUGUGUUAGUUUUUCACCCCAGAGUGGGUUUUUUUGUAGAAUCCCUAUUUGAAUUCAAGAAACAGCAUUGAGGAUCAUAUAUUUUCCUUUUCUGCAGUUCUGCAACCACCUAGCAUAUUUCCAAGUAUUCUAUUACACCACUAAUUAUUUUUCUUUUCCCUGUCCAGAUACAUUGUGCCAAAAUUAAAACCACAAGAAAAAACAUCCAUAGCUAGAAUACUCUCUCUAUAUGCUGAUUUUGCAUAAAUUCUGACUAAUUUUUCCUUAGGAAAUUGCUCUCAGUAGUUUUGACACGUGGUUAUAAAAUUGCAUUGCAAGAAGUUAUAUAGCCUUUUUGCAAGAGACUGAUAAGCAGGCUCAAAGUUUGAAAAUUGCGAGCUGUAACAUUGGAUGCCUAAUAAUGAAUUUUUAAAAUAAGCUAAACAAUUUGCUUAUACAACAAUUAUGAAUAAUUAGUUGAUUUUACUUUGGCCAAAAUAUAAAUUACAAUGCAUGCGUAAAUAGAAAUCAAAAUCCAAACAGUUUUUGACUUGGGGUCUAUUGCAACACUAUUAUGUUGCCUGUGGAUACAAAGGACACAUGGUUAAUGAUCUAGGACUGAAAAGCUUUUGUUUUCAUCAACUCUAGUAAUAAUUCCUUAAAAUGGAAUAACUACAGGUACUAAAAACCAUUAGUCGUCUUGAAGAGCAGUUAUUUUUUGUUUUAUCUUCUUCAUGUCUUGCUUGAACUUCUCCUUUUCUAGUUCUAGCUUCGUUGUCUGUAUUUGUUUAAGUGCAUCAAGAGAAUCACGGAUGGAUUGAAAUCCUGGUAAAUAACAAGCAUGCUUUAAAUUAGGAUAACCAAUGUAAGUCAGCACACUAUUUUUUUUCUAAAAGCUGUUCAGCAAUCCUUCAAUUACACAACACUUUGAGGUAUAUUGAAUUUAUCAAUAGUGGUAGUGGUUAGAUUAUCAUAAGGGCUUUUUUUUCUGGUGGUAUAUGCCAAUACGCAGUACCAGUUCCUCUUUCAGUUGCAGCUCAGGACCCCAAGAUAGUGAACAUCACCGGCACCUUUUUUAAAAAAAAAACUGAUCAUACUAGAGACCAGGGUUCAAAUCCCCACACAGGCAAGAAACUCACUGGGUGACCUUGAGUCAGUAAUACUCUCAUAGGUUACCCUACAUCACAGGUUGUUAGGGUAAGGUAGUGGAUGGGAGAACCAUAUAUGCCAUUCUAAGCUCCUAGGAAGAAGAGGAAGAUAAGAUUGUGAUAGGUCUCAGGCCAUGAAGGUGUAUUGUCGACCUGAAUUUUUCUAUAGUACUAGGAAAUGCUGCAAAAUCACCCAUUUCAACUACUACUGUGUUUUUUUGAGAUGUUAAAAUUCAGUUUCAUGUCGACAUGAAAAUAUAUUAAUAUGUCUAUGUAACCACAACAGAGAUUUUUUUAAGCUACUGCUAUAAUUUCCCCAUAUUUCUGUUCCCAUAGGUAUAUUUUAAUGUGGUGUAAUAGUAACUGAGAAAGCAUUAAACACGAUACCUUAAUAUGAACAUGUUCAAUGCAUUAUCAUUUGCUGUUUUCGCAUCAUUGUUUUUUGACUGCCUUAAUGAAGGAAGAAUGGCAUCUUUCUUGGAUUGUAUCAAGGAAAUUAGCUCUGGGUGGUUUGCUUUUCAUUUCAUUACUCUCUGGGAAAGGUGUACAUUUGGAAAGAUUUUUUUUCUUCAAAAUGUUACAGCACUUGCCAAAAUGCCCUGAUUUGUGAACUACAGAAGACUUCCUACCGUCUUUCAUGACUCUCCCCAUUUCAGUUUUCUGUAGAUUCACGGUGCCAAGAAUUCUUGCUAUCUAGUACCUACAGGUCUAUGCAAACAUUCUCAGGGACAGCCGGUAUAUAUCACAUGGAAUUCUAUUGUAAUGCAUGGAUUUGACUAGUAAGUACAAUUUCUGUGUUUUUUUGAAAUAAUUCACCAUUCACCAUUGUAUUUUGAGACCUGUCAACAUUGUAUUUUGAGAUCAUUAGGUAAUCUCUGUAUAGGUGAAUAAAUCCUUAAUGACAACUGCAAUCCGCCCUGAGCCCACCUGUUUGGGGAGGGUGGACUAUAAAUUUAAGAAAAUAAAUAAAAUAAUGUUUUGCCAUA